UCGCGAGGCGGGCCCACCUGGCUGGCGCAGGUGGCCUGAACGGCGGCGCCCACUUGCCCGAGAUUGGGGCGGGGCCGAAGUUUCCCCGGCCCCUAUUCCACCUCCCGGGGGCAAGGAACUGGGGCGUGAGGGUGACUCCGAGAAGGGGUGUCGUCACUAAUCUGGGGCCACGGGAGUCUGCUCCGGUGAGGCUGGACCUGCAGGCCGCGUCCGAAUGCGGGUGCCCGGGUCGCACUCCCUGCGCUCACCUUCGGAAAGGCGCGUCCAUUCUGCGCCCCUGGGAUCGUCCCGAGGCCAGAAGCGAGGUCUGGCGGGACCUGCGUGCGUGACGUCACAGGCGUUUCCACGGCAACGCGGCUCGCGUCGCCCUCCCAAAACUGCAGAUCCUCCUGCCGGGCCCGCGGUGCCCAGACCGCCCACUGAUCUGAACGAACUCUCUUCUCCAGGCUGUCUGGGCUCUGCUGGAACUUGCAACCUCGAUGGGAAGGCACGGACGACAGGGACAGACAAGAGGCCGCACUGGGCCUUGCAGCAGCAGCAGGAGCCGUGCACCCCACUCCUCUGCUGGCAGCCCCAGUGGGCACAGCAGCAGAAAUGCUAUGGGCGCCGUACCCGUGGACUUGGACACUGCUGUGUCCAUGGGAGCCAUUCCUCAGCACGUCUGCUCUGGGGAUGCGAGCAAGCCAGUGCAGUCAAGUGUGCACCGGGCCAUAGAUCCCCACCGAGAACCAGGCACAGCAGGCCUUCCCCGGCGUGGGAGCCCACGCUCCCUCUGGCGUCACCAGCCCCUUUCAUAGGUGGCCUUAGACUCAGAACCCAAAACCUGGAGAUCCGUUCCCCACGUUUCAAGUCAACUGUACAGCAAAAGGAGCCGUGAAGGGUGAAGGCAGCCGCCAGCAUCGCCCCAUGUUCACCCUCCUCUCCCACCUGCGGCUCAGCUGGCAGCCACCACCCUUUGCAGAGGGUGCUGUCUGCAGCUCAACAACAAAAGCCACCAAGGGGACCAAGUGGUGGGGGCAGUUGGGGCAGUGAGCGGACUUGGUGAAGAACUUGGAGGCAUUCCGGAGGCCAAGGUAUUCCAGAGCUACAGGUGUUGCAGACUGGAAUGCAGUACCUGACACAGGGACUCCCCCACCCGCCAUCUGGCAGCUCUUGCUGAUGUGACUCCGUGGACUGAGUGUGGGCCUGUGAACUGAAAGUCGCUGGUUCAAUUCCCAGACAGGACAGGCCUGGGGUGUAGGCUUGGUCCCUGUUGGGGGGGUGUGAGAAGCAACCACACACUGAUGUUUCCCUUUCCUUACUCCCCCUUCCCCUCUAGGGAAAAAAAAGCACUGGCUCGUGUAGCUCAGUGGAUUGAGUAUGGGCCUGUGAAUCAAAGGAUCGUGGUUCAACUCCAAGUUGGGGCACACGCCUGGGAUGCAGGCCAGUUCCCAGCAGGGGACCUACGAGAGGCAACCGUACACUGAUGUUUCUCUCCCUCCCUUCCCCUCUGAAGAUAAAUAAAAUCUUAAAGAAAAAAAAUUAAAACACUUCUACCAGUCACCAGUUUUGCCCUUGAAUCUUCUCCCAGGCAGACCACCCUGGGAGACCCUCAGGCUUCCACACGGAGACCACCCUGUCACUGGCAACAGCCCCUCACCCCCAUGGCCUCCUGGGGAGGAGACUUCACACAACUUCUGUGGGAGAAGACAUCGUCACACAACUUCUUUUUAACUUGUGUGUAUUUGUCACAACCUUUUAAAGCAGAACGUGAGUUGAGCACUACGUUUCCAUUCACAAAACUCUGAGCUCUUUCUGACGGCGCCACAGCACCGUCUGCACAAACCGGCCCUGUGGAGAGGUGCUCCCUCCCUCCCGCGGUGCGGCCCACGUGGCUCACUAACGUCUAGAGGCUGUACAUGCAGCUGGCAACUACAGGGGACAGCAGGUGUGCAGAGUCGAUCCUAGGGGACAGAAGCUGUUUACCUCAACAUGUCAACAA